AUGCACCGCACAGGACUAAGUCUUGGCAUCCACCAGCUGGAGCAUACGCAACCAAGCUCGCGUCUAAACCACCACCACCACCACCACUCCACUACCACCGCCUCUACCAACUACCUCCACACCCUUUCCAGCUCACAUCUAUCCCAGCAUCAUCAAGAUCUUCAAAUAGAAUCCAUCACAAUGAACCAGUUUCCUCACGGUUGGGGCCGUCCUAGAGACGACGUCUAUGGAGCUUACGACAACAGCUACCUCAACGAAUCCCAACCAAUCACUCACACUCAAAGACCCAUUGUCACCGGUACCAGUGUUCUAGGUGUCAAAUUUAAGGAUGGAGUCAUAAUCGCUGCCGAUAACAUUGCAUCCUACGGAUCCCUUGCUCGUUACGACAACGUCGAACGUCUCCUCCAAGUUGGCACACACACCGUCGUCGGCGCCGGCGGCGACAUUUCCGACAUGCAAUACCUCCACCUCCUUCUCGACAAUCUCCUCAUCAAAGAACAAUACCCCGCAGACGAUCACCAACUCUACGCGCCACAAGUACACACCUACAUCUCCCGUGUCCUCUACCAACGUCGUAACAAAUUCGACCCUCUCUGGAACUCGAUACUAACAGCCGGAGCUGACCCAAAGACCUCCGAACCUUUCUUGUCAUACGUAGAUUUGAAGGGGACUACAUAUUCCGCCCCCGCUUUGGCAACAGGGUAUGGUGCUCAUCUCGCCAUUCCUAUAUUAAGGAGACAUGUUGCAGAUGAAGAAGCGGUUUCGAAUUUGACCCAGGAGGACGCGCAGAAGCUUGUGGAGGAGUGUAUGAAGGUUUUGUGGUAUCGUGAUGCUAGGUCUGGGGUUAAAUAUAGCUGGGCGAUUAUUACUAAGGAUGGGGUUACUACUGGCAGUAAGGAGAUCGAAAACCAGAGCUGGAAGUUUGCAGAGAUGAUUAAGGGUUAUGGAGCUCAGAAUAUCUAA